GCAUCAUGUUCACCAGCCACCACAAGACUGGGACUGUCCUCAGCCUGGAGCUCGAGGUCUGCUUCGUGGGAGGCCGCAACGCCAGCAGCGACAUGCGCACGAUGGCCAGGCGGUGCAAGGAGUCUCGAACACUAGACGACCUGAACUGGAACGGAUUCGUGCCUCCGGACACGGGACCCGGGCGCUCGUGCGGACUCCGCGGGAGCUGGUGCGCUCCGCGUACCUCUACCACAGGAAGGUGCCCGCCGUCGAGGCGUGGCUGCUGCGGCCCGCGGAGGAGAUCAUGGGCGAGGCCGCGCCAGGCAAUCCCUUCCUCCCCGGCGAGACGUACCACGACUACCUGCUCCGGGCGUUCAGCGGGCUGUUGAAGGGGCAGCCUGGCAGGCGCGGACAGGAGCACCUGCACGGGCAUCCGUCAUGCACGCCAGCCUGCCCCGAGCCCGGGCACACCCGGCCUGGGGUGGCCCUCUCGCUCGUGCUCGGCCUGGUCGGGUCGCAGUGCUUCGCAAGGUCCUCGUCUGGACAGGACGACGACGUGCCCGCGGAGAGACCCAGUCGGUGGUCCAUGGCAGCAUCGCGGACGGCGAAGGCCCUGGAGAACCUGCGGGUGGGCGUACGGGUCCUCGGCCACUACGAUCAAGAGGACAACUACUGGCAUGAAUGCAGUUUGGUCAGCAGAGUCACUGCGGCCAAAUGGGUGGUGGUCACUCCACACAGUGACAUCUACGAGGGAGAUUCUGCAAACGCCCUGGACCUCUGUCAGGUCGGCCCCCUUGGAGGCUUGUCCACGAAGCUCUUGGGCCACAUCCUCAGCACAGACAUCGUCCGCUUCAAGAGACACCAAGGGAGGCUGCUCAGCGAGGGCAAGCAGCUCGCUAGCGAGAUCUGCCAACAGGAGGGUCUCCCCGAGGAGCCACAAGGGGCGCCCGCGCCUCCGCCUGCACUCGAUGGUGGUCUGGAGGAUCGCGCUGACGCAGGUGAUGUUCCUCGCUGGGUUGUCUUGGAGGCUUGCGCUGGCUACCGACCAAGUGACGGGCUUCAAGCAGGCACCGUGCCCGGCGCCAUUGCCGGGGAUGGGGGCAUCUGCGAGCCUGCCGACGGGUUCAAGCUGGCAGUCGCGAAGGCCGAUACCUACGAGGGCACGCCCACCGCCUGGCAGGACCGCCAAGCUGCAGAGCAGACUCUUCGAACCCUCCUCGUCAAGUACGGUGGCGGCGGCAACGGGGUCAGAGUCUUCGCUGAGUCAGGGGGCACCACGACCUCCAACUCGCAGCUGGACUCCCCUGGCUGCGGGCCGCGGUCUACCUUGUGGGUGGUGCAGCAGCGGGCGUACUUCGCAGUGCUGGGGGGUCGGCUUUGCUCGACGAGCGCACGAUCCUCUUGGGACAAGAGCGUGGGCGUGAAGGAGUUGUGGGUCGUACUGCACUGCGUAGCGGGGUGGCAGCCCGCCUUCAGGAGGGAGCAGCAGUACUCAAAGGGCGCCGCAAAGGACGUGAAGAAAAGAGUCUUGCUCGAGGAUCAGUGGAUUCUCAACGGCGUCGCCUCCCUCAACGAGCUGGGCGGGCAGGGGCGCCAUGUGCCCACCUCCGCCCCGCUGACGGCGGCCCAGCGUGCUGCAGUGAGGCGGCUGGCCACGACCUACGGCAAGUGGUCGCCGCCCGUUGAUCGCCCUAGUCCCCAUGAAGCGUGGGCGACGCUACAGGGUCUCAGGCCUGGCUACUCUGAAGUCGAGGCCUCCGGUUCUCGAGCAGUCUACCAGCGGGGAAACAUCUCUCUCCCCAAGAUCGGUGCGGGUAAGGUGGCUCUUAUGGAGGUCCUCCCGACUGACCUGCAGACCAAGCUGGAGACUGGGCGCGGGCUGUUGCGAUCCCCAGAGGAGGCAGCAGCGCUAAUUCGUGAUGCAGGUGCUCCUCGUGCCAUGGACCCGAAGCUUGGGCGGCUCGGCUACGACUGCGGCCGCGCUCUGGGGGAGCUCUGCACCUCGGGGGUGAUCGAGACCAGCUCGGAGUCGGUUUUGGAGGAAGCUGGCAUGUUUUUUGUGGCUCGCAAGGACAAGCGGUUGCGUCUCAUCUGCGACGCCAGGACGCCUAACAUGCACUUUACCACUCCAGAGCACACGGCACUCGCGACGGGUGAGGCCUUGUCCUCGCUGGAGGCGUCGGGAGUCAAUAUGUUUGGCAUGAGUUCUGGAGACGUCGACUGCUGUUUCUAUCAAUAUGCAUUGCCGCCCUGGUGUAGGCGCUACUUCAACCCCCCGCUGAUUGAGAGUCGCUUCCUGCCGCCGGAGGUUCGGAGCGCCUGCGGAUUGACGUUGAUGAGCGGCCAGGUACGCUUUCGAUUCAAGGUGGUGCCCAUGGGCUGGAGCUGGGCGGUGCACUUUAUUCAAGAAACACACCUUCACCUCGUCAAGUCAGUCUUGCCAUCUCAGCCAUGGUGCUUGGACAAGUGCCCCGGCAUUGACUUGAACCUGGAGGAUGCCAAGGCCCUGUACAUAGACAACUUUGCCGUGCUGUCCCAGUCGCCCUCCCGUGCCGCCACCGCCGUCGCCGACAUGCAGGCGGCGCUCGCGGCCAAGGGCGUGGUCUCCGAGCUAGACCCUGCUCCGGCCGAGCGCGGCGAGCUGCUGGGAUGCGAGCUCGACCUGCAGACGGGCUGCUGGUGCGUGCUGGGUCGCCGGCUCUGGCGGGUCUACGGCGCCCUGGAGUAUGUUCUCACGGGGCGGGCCAAGGUAGUCACUUGCUUCGACGCGUCUCCUUGGGGCUACGGGAUCGUGGAGACCGAGUGGGGCCUGAAGGAUGUGCAGCGCGUCGGCAGGGUCUCCGAGCGCGCACGGUUCCGUGGCAGGACGCUGGAGCAGGAAAUAGCGCGGGCGCCAGAGCCCGCCCUCUUGCUGGCCGGGCGCUCGGCAGGCUUCCCGGAGGUCGACUGCGGCAAGAUGCAUGCCCAGCCCUGGCGCGUAGUAGGCUGCGGCCGCUGGAAGCGCAAGGAGGCCAUCCACGGGCUCGAGGGGGCCGCUCUGACAUGGGCCGUCCGCCGGGCGGCCAGGGACUCACGGGAGCACUGUUCGCGCCGACUCUUUCUUGGCGAUAACAUGUCUCUCGCCCUCGCUGCCGCCAAAGGCCGUGCGGCUAAUCAUCGUCUCCUGGGAGUCUGUCGUGUCCUCUUCGCUGUGGGGGUCGCCGCAGACCUGAAGGUUCAGGUGAGCCUCGGGGCCCCGGGAGCGUGCGUGGAGGUGGCGAUGCUCCAGGCGGUGCCGCCCACGCCGAUGGCCUUGGCGAGCUGCCGCUCCGGCCCUCGCGCGCCGAGCGAGCGCAGGAGCCGCUCGCCUUGCCAUCCGGGCAACCGAUGCCGGGGCAAGCCGAGGCAGGCCGUGGUGCCGGUGCUGGGCGAGCCCGAGAGCAGGCCAGACUUGGCUGGGCGGCGCGCAAAGCUUGGCCUCAGUCACUUGGAGAGCGACUUCAUCCAGAAGAGGCGCCAGUUGCGCCCGCGCCAGACCCGGCUUGCUUCGGCCAAGUGCAGGCCUCGCACGCAGGGGCCCUACCUCGGGAUGAUCCUCGGCUUGGUACGCUGGCUGAAUAUGGCCUUCCUCCUGGACUGGUCGCACCUCACGUGGGACGAGACGCUGGGAGAGUACGCCGAGUCGAUCUACGACCGCGGGGUCCCCAAGGCGUCAUCUCAGCGGCUGGCCCCGGCGCUGCGCUGGGCGUUGCCCGCCCUCCGCCGGGGCGGGAUCCGCGAGGUCUUCCCCCUGACGCACCAGACGCUGAAGGGCUGGAACGCCCUGGACCCGUCCAAAUCCAGACCGCCCGUCCCGUUCUUGGUGGUGCUGGCGGUGGCCUGCGGGCGGUGCCGGGCGGGGGAGCCACUCAGUGGCUUGGCCGUUCUCACCAGGUUCGAGACCUACAUGCGCCCGUCAAGAGUGCUGGAUUUGCGAGCAAGGCAGGUAGUCCUGCCGCUGCCAAGGGAAGGAGGUGCACCGAUCUUCUUGACGGUCGCGGUGUGGGCCUCAGUGUACGAGAUACCAACCAAGACCCGCGAGUACGACCUUUCAGUUCGGCUCGACCUGCCCAGGCAACAGUUGAUGGUGAACCCGAUCUUCCUUGUGCGAGCCCUUCGGGAACCCGUCCACGCCUUCCUGGUCUUGGGCUACAACCAUCUGGCGAAGGACUUCCAGAACGCGACCCCUGCUCUGAGCGUGUGCUUACUCAAGGCCACCCCUUGCUCCCUCCAGCAUGGAGGGGCCAGCCACGACCAGAGCACGAGCGACAGAGACUCAGGCACCGUGCAGCAGCGAGGAGGGUGGAAGGCGUUCAUGUCCGUGCUGCGCUACGAGAAGCACGGACGCCUGCUGCUGGAACUGCGCAAGCUCAGCGACCUGCAGCGCGAAACCCUCCGAGCAGCAAGCAGGGACUUCGUGGGCGUCUUCAACAGGUCCUUGGAGCUGCAUUUCGGAGCGCCCCCCAUCAAACAAGGGUGUGCAUCGAAGUCUUCUCAGGAUGUGGAGCUCUGA